ACGAGUUGUAAACAACCGAGCCACUUUACAACCAGCGAUUCUGCACAUAGUGUCACACAUCGUGUUGUAAAACUAUUUGUAGCCUGCUAGAUCUAGAUUUUCAUAUAAUAUUGUAGACAGGAAAACAUAGAGUUAGAGAAACUGAAGCCAAACCGGAAAGCAUAAUGAAUAUACAAUUAAACCUAGUUAUAUUAUUUAUUUUCCUAGCACAGUUUUUUGACAUAACUUGCACCAGCUGUCCUAAAUUUACAAUUGAGAACAAUAGCACCGGGAAAUGUAUGGACUGUAAAAUUUGUCAAAGCAACAACUCCAUAACACAGCACAAUGAAUGCAAACAAAAACAUCCUGAGGAAAUAACAGGUCAAGGCUUUGCUUGGUGCACUGGCUUGGCUGACAAAUCACCAAAUUGCUCAAAACUGAUUGUUAAAUAUGGAAACGUCAAUUGUAGCAACUAUUUUUAUGUGUAUUCAACGUGCGAAGUCCUCUGUAAUGCUGGGUACUCCAUUGAGAACAAAAUUGUAACAACCUGUCGUGACGAUCUCCACUGGAACGUAUCAGCUAGUGACUUGACUUGCAUCAGGAAAGGUUGUGUUUUGUUAACAAAUUUUAAUUCUUUGCCAAAAGCUGGGAUAUGGGAAGAAGAGGAAUAA